AGGAUGGCAUGACAUUAAGUUAUCGUGGUCAGGUCUCGUAUCAUUCCGUUGGAGUGUAAUAGUUUAGUUUAUAAUCCGCAUCGCUGAGACGAAGUGCAACCUGUAAGAACAACUUCAGGACGCAAAUCCCGCCUGUAGGUUCUCGCCUACGUCAUUAGCCCCGCCUUCGCCGAUAAAUCGUAACGUUAACUCCCUCCAGCUUCCGUUGAUGGGGAAAAUAUGGCGGCAAAUGAAACUGAAGUCAACAACAUAGCUGGAGUGGAAGCUACUGUUAACCGCUGGAUAGUGGACUACUAUUCACAUCUAGCGUUAGAUUUUUUUAAAAACAAGAAGUACGCAGAGUUCUGCGGUAUUCGAGAUGUACUUCAGAGUGUCCUGGUCCGUCCCCUGGAAUCCUCUGACGUCACUCAAACAAAAAUUCGAGUAUUGCAGUUUCUCUCCCGGAUAAAUGAUGGCGAACAUCUUGACCUAACAUUUGAGUCCGAUGAGUCACUUACUCCUCUGGAAUCCGCCUUAGUGGUCCUGGAAACUAUAAUCCAGGAAUGCAAGACGGCAAUGCCAGAGCUUUUUGAGGGAGUAUGCACUUCUAUAAAAGAGAUGAUUGUGGGGCUGCUUAUUAAGAACAAAGAGUUUGACCACGCAAACGAAGUUCUGAAAAAACACUUCCCCAAAUCAAUGGUUGGCAAGAAAGCGAUAUUCAUGGGUCUCGUCAAAAAGAAGAGCAACGUGCACGCAGUCAUCGAGCAAAUCGACUUUCAGCGGUUCAAGGAUGAAAUGUUUGCCUUCUGCCAGAGGCUCUGCCCACUCAAUCUUCCCUUUCUCUACAAGGCUGCAACACAGCUUCUGGAUAAAAGGCACACGGAGAAAAGCCUCGAAGCUGCUGGGUCCGAUGAGCGAGACAAGGCGCUGCCUUCCUGCAGUCAACAAACCAACCCCGCCCAGUUUGUGUCACGUAAACCUGCAAUAAUCCAGAGGACCAGGCUGGAGAUGGCCUACACGGCUUUGGCUGCAGGUUCCGUUGAGAGGACAUUUGCUCAGCUGGAGGAAGAAGUGGCGGAGAAAGAGCAGUCGAGAAUAAACGAUCUUUCGCUGCCCCUCUCGCCUGCCCCCAAGAAGGCCGCUGUUUUGGACUCUGAGCCGGACGGGCCGUUUCAGAGAGACUCUGGAAGCCCCAUGGAGGCUUCCCCAGCCGACCAACCCCCACAAACAGAUGCCGCCCCUCAAACCGAGUCGGGCUGCCUCUCAAAGAGCCCAUUGGCGCUGAGAAAGCACCCCGUCCACAGCGUGGCGCGCCUGGUGGUCGAGCCGGACAGCCAGGCCAGCUCGCAGUGCACGGCGGCCUCACCGCGACUAGAGCCGGACGUCCGACGAGAAGGGCCGCCGCAGUCCCCAGCCACAGAAACCGAAAAUGACUCGCUGGGCCAGGGAGCGGAAAACGAUGUUUCCAUCCCCGUGCGGAAAAUCCGCCGAUCAAACAGACUUUACAACAGGUCCUCGAUUAUUUUGUCCCAGUCAUCUGAAGACGACGACGACGAUGAGGAGGACCGAGCUGGCUCUGUGGCUCAGCGGGACAUUCCUGUGGAGAAACCCCACAACCAGUCCAACAGUUUACUCGGCCAAAAUUCCACCGAGUCAGAGCAGCCGGCGUCAGACAGUGGGGACGACCCGCAGCAGGCCCCGGCUCCCAAGAACCCCCCGGUGCAGAAAUGUCGCAGGCAACUUCUCAGCAAGGUUCCUCAAGCCGUCUGUAUCAUAGACUCGAUGGACAGCUCACCCGAACCGAUGGGUGUUCAGGCCGUGCCUCAAAGGAGCUCUACUCCUACCAAGGACUUUGCUCCAGACAAACCCCUGUGCCAAUCAAAAUGGAAAGUGCUGUACAACAACGCGAAGGAGAGCAAGGAAACAUGGAGUGACGAAGAAUCCUGUUCCAGCUCUAAAAAGAAUACCACCAAAAGAGCGCACAAUGAGAGCACCAUUUCAAACUCAGGCCACAAAAAGAGGAAGUGGAGUGAGGAUGAGACAAACAAUUUGAAGGCGGGGGUCAAACGGUUUGGUGAGGGCAGCUGGAGUCAGAUCAAGGCUUAUUACUCCUUCGAAGACCGAACAAACGUCAACCUGAAGGACCGCUGGAGAACGCUGAAGAAAUCCAACGUGGUUUAAGUAGUUCAGGAGAAGUUGCCUGAUGAACAAUAUAUCUUAACAGGAAAGUUAAUUUCACAGGUAUCUGUUCUCGUUUCCAUACCUCUCGAAUUUCCAUCAUGUGUCACAAUAGUGGACAACUUAAGUUUGUGUUGACUUUUAAUUCAAUAAAUUUUUAGUUUUUUUUUUUGUAUAACUUUA